AGCCAGGUUGGGGGCAGGGUAUGGUAAUGCUGUGCUGGUCUCCCCUUGCUCGGGGGCCCACUGUUGGACAGGAAGGGUGGGUGAGGGCAAUGAGAAAAUCUCCCAAGAAUUGACCAGAGCAUCGGGGAAUUAAGCUCUUUUCCCCUACCCCCAGGAAAGCUCAGGUAACAGUCCUGACCCCCUGCAGCCCUCCUGAUAAGGUGGGCUGUAGGUUCCAGGGGCUCCUUUCUGAAUGGAGCAGGCAGGCCUGGCUCUUCAACUUUAGGCCUCUGUCCAUAACCCACCCAGCCACCCAGCCACCCAGCCAGCAGCAUCCGCAGGGCCUGCUCGCAGCUGGGUCUGCUGUCCUGUUGAGCACAACGUGUCUAGAAACUAAGAGCCAGGGCCAGUAUCCAUUCCACUCAUCCUGGUGGGCACCCUCCCAAGACUGCCCAGGAAAUGGGAGAGCAGGUAACAUGGGCCCAGUGUCCUGCAAAGUGGGAACAAAGGGCCCUCUGUCUCCCCCACCUUCCUGCGCAGCAGGCCUGUGUCCAGCUCUUCUGAACCAUGUCUUGGCCUCAUCUGAACCUUCUCCCUGUAGUGCUGAGACAAUUUCUUGUCCUUGAGUCAGAUCCUUAGAAAUCUACACCCUCUAAGGCUGCAAUGACCAGGCCUCCUAUCUUAGGGGUCCGGGGACAUUUUGCCCACCAUGAAAGAGCAGCUUUUGAGGCGUCCUUGGGGGUUAAGCCCUCAGAGGCCAGGCCAGCUCCACCGGCCCUGUGCCCCACCCCCACCCCCACCAUGUGAUGACCCAACAAUUGUUCACAAUGCUGUGGCUGGUCAGGAGGGUGGGCUUUGUGACACAGGCGGGACUGGGCUCUUGGGGAGCUGGCUCAGAGACAUCAGGUGGACAUAAGCCUCCCCAACACCAAUGAGCUCCCCUUCCCAUACCCCUAAUCCAUCCCCUACCCAGUCCCCCUCCCAGUCCCGGUCCAACCACCUGAACCAGCAGCCCUAUGCCAGCUCUGGUGGCUCAGCCCCUUCCCCGUCCCCAACCCGGGGGUCUUCCCGGCCUGCCUCACAGCCCUCUUCCCGGGCUUCCUCCCUGACCCCCAGCCCUCAUAUCCAGCCUCGAGGGUCUGCCCAAAACGCCACUCCACCCACCUCCAAAUCUCCCUCCCAAUCUGGCUUGAAAUCCACCUCUAGAAACUCUUCCCAGAAUCCCCCUGUGCCCAGCACCAAGUCCCCCUCCCACAGCCCAGCCCCCUCAGCCUCCUACAUUGGGCCCAUUCGAGGCAUCCCAUCCUACAUCGCCCCCUAUGUGCCCCGCUUCCUGAAGGAGCCCCCCUUUUUCCAGCCUCCUACAUCACCGCUCCCCCAAAACCAGUGCUUCCCCUGCUCCUUCCCCUGCCCUUCCCGGAAUCAGGAGCGCACUCCCCCUAAAUCUCUUUAUUUCCCUCUUCUCCCACCCCCUCCCUACCACCCUCAGAUCAGCUGCUCCUACCCGACUCCUCCCGCUCUAUUCACGCCCCCCUCCUCUCUCUCCUACUCCCUGCCCACUGAAGUCCUAGUGGGCGGGAAGCCGCACGUGGUCCCCACGGUGCUGCCAGCCACCUUCUACACCCCCUUCUCCCGCUACUAUGCCCAGCCCCACCCCUACCGGUCCAUACACCGCCGCCGCCCCAGCACCUUCCCCCUCUCCUCACUCCCCAACAUGCCAUACGAUGGCACUGGCCGCUCUGUCCACUUCUUUCAUGGGUCCUAG